AUGGAAUUUGGCUCAAAGUUUGAUUACUACUGGAAGCAGGAUGGUCACAUUCGUCACGCUGUGAGCGCCAUUCAGGAUAUCAGCGAUCCUAUGGUUUUUCGUCUUGGCAGGAUGAGAAAUAUUGACGAUAUCGUCGUGAUACUACGCGCCCCAAGACGAGGUUACUUUGUCGGGGCGUUUAUGAUGAUGUUUGCCAAGAUGGAUGAUGUCUACGCCUUCAUCUACAUUAGGUCAAGGUUUCCCAAAAACAAGGGGUGGCCCUCAGACGCCAAAAUGGCCAUUCGUUUUACCACCGAAGGUGUACGAUCCAGCCAAUCAACAAGAGAAGCAAAGAACUUCUGGGAGUGCCGAGCAACGAAGAUACUCGAGGAUCCAUUAAGGAAGCAUAUAACAGACCGGGCACAGAUGCCCUAUUUCUCUGAGUACUUCUUUAUCUCUUGGGCUAAAUUGCCAAGCGUGCCCACCAUUCUACACGAUAAGGCGGUACAGAGUCAUGGGCAUCGAGGCUAUCAAUUGCCCGCUCGCAAUGCCAUGUCUGGCCGUGCGCGAAAGGAAUUUGAGGAGACGCUUCUCAACUUACAGAGGAAUAUCGCCGCGUAUGCGGCCAGGAUGCUAGUUGAAAAACACAAAGACAUAUGGGACCCACCAUUGUCUGAUAAUCUGGAGCCUCCAGAUCAAUUGGCCUGGGAACAUAUCAACUACCACAGAAGGAGUUUCAAGGCCAGGUAUCAAUUUCUACUGGACAACCUGGUUGGCCCUGUCGGAGGCUGUAUGGAUAUGUUGCGAUUGCAUCGUUUCAAGACGAUGUUUUCCUCACCACGGGAUUACUUUAACCGCCAUGAAAGGAUUGCUGGAAGAGACAAUGGUGGACUUGCUGGAGCUUCUAGCAAGAUCAAUCAGCGUCUGAGAGCACUAUCUGAUCCUUAUGUGACAGAGGAAGUCCUCCCUCUACGACAAACAUGCUCGCAUUUUCGUGCGGUUCCCUUGGCCACUGCUUCUUCAGAAAUCCCCCUGAGUCUCGUUCUUCCUCCCUCUGGUUGGAGCACUAUCCCAAUGGUAUCCGGUACCACUGGAGCGGCAGGAAUCUCGUCGAAUGGAACUUUCGAUGGGAAGCAAAGAAGCAUCAGAUACGCAGGGGAAGAUACAGAGAGGACCGCGUGGCGCGUUUGA